AUGAACGCGUUUCUCGAUCUGCUCCACGAUUCGGAUUUUGUCCGUUUUAUGCAAAAAAUUCUGAGCCUCUUUGCCGCAACGGAGGACGGACUAGCGAAACAUCAAUCAUUCACAACGGUCAAAUGGCAAAGACCAAAAGAAAUUCAACCGGCAAACUAUGGAAGGUACAGGGACAAUCUACGAGACGUGAAAGAAAAACCUGGAACUUCGAAAACAGAGAACCCGCAAAAAUCACAAAAAGAAGCGAAGGGAUCGAAAAAGGGAAAAGCUAAGAAGAAU